CUAGCAAUGUUUCUGCUCAAGCCUCCAUCUUGAUUUAAAUGUCGCUCGCAAAACUUUAUUGAAACACCCCGUAUGCAAAAUAGUUUAGCUUAGCUAUAGUAGCUUGGCUAACGUUAUCUAGUAGGAAACGAGCAAAGUAAAAGUUGGGUGAUGGGCUUUUAACUGUUUGUCACGUUGAGCCUGCAAUGUUGGAUUUUAUCUCAACGCGACAGUACUUUGAUAAUGCAACAAUCUGUGUUUGUUUGUUAUUUCUCACACGAGUGCUGUCCAUUUGACCAGAGUGCAGGCUAGAAGAAUCCGACGGAACGUGAGACCCUGCGGAACAUCUCGAGAAGGCUACGUGCUAGGCUAGCUAGCUAGCUAGCUACCUACCCAUUGGGUGCGGGUUGGAGGGACAUAUAAUAACAAAAUAUCGAAGAUUGUUUUAAGUUAAACAGUUCAUAAAAUAAUGCCCAGCAAAAAGAAGAAAUACAAUGCGAGAUUCCCCCCGGCCAGGAUUAAGAAGAUUAUGCAGACUGAUGAAGAGAUAGGCAAAGUGGCUGCCGCCGUUCCUGUCAUCAUAUCACGAGCUCUGGAGCUGUUCCUGGAGUCUCUCCUGACGAAAGCCUGUCAAGUCACCCAGUCCCGGAACGCAAAAACAAUGACGACGUCACACUUUGUGUGUCUUGGUAGAAAACAGUGCAUUGAGCUGGAGCAGCAGUUUGACUUCCUGAAGGACCUGGUAGCGGCAGUGCCUGACAUGCAGGGCGAGGGAGAGGACAACCACGCAGAGGGAGGGGAAAAGGUUGCACGCAGAGGUCGAAAGCCGGGGUCAGGCCGCAAGAAUGGAGGAGUUGGCUGCAAGGGCAAGGACAAGAAGCUAUCAGGCACAGAGUCAGAGCAAGAGGAUGACUCCGAGGACAGCGAGACAGACGAGGAUGAGGAAGACGGGUCUCAGUCAAGCACAAACCUGCAGCCACAAUCCCGAUUCCACAGCCCAGACACCAUGCCACCCCAGUACCUCCACAUGGGCACCGCACAAGGGGGCCUGGUCAUGCCCCUGGGCUCCUUUGCCCCCCACCCCUCGCUGAUGGGCACCGCACCCCCACCUCCCCCCUCCAUGCCGCACAAAGAUGAAGACGAUGAUGAUGAAGACUAUGACUCUUAGCUCCCCCCCGCUCUUUUUACCUUUAAUUUUCUCUUAAGUUCUUCUCUUCUGUGGCUGCAUUGAGAAAGAGGUGAGUCUGGGCAGAUGCUCACAUGCGGCCCAUUGUUAAGGAAAAGCCUCCAACAACUGGCAGUAAGGUGUGUAGACAUGACAGCUGGCACCACUGAAGACGAGUAAUCGGUUGUAUAUUGUGUUUAAUUAUUUGUUAUUUUAUUGUGGAGGGGAAAAAAUGAACCAGGUUGUUUUAUAAAGACAGGUGGUUGUUCUAUUUGGACUAAAAAUGUCAGUUGAUGUUCUGAAAGGCCCCCAGCUCAAGUACCGGUUUGAUUAAGUCCCCCAUUGUAGUUUGCACUUUGGUUAUUCUCUCAUCUCUGUUUUCUGCAUACGUCAUUGGUGUUCAACAGACAUAUCACUCCAGCUCCUUGUCCACUUCUUCAACGUCUGCUCUGGUUCAGUUGAGAUGAUCCAACUGUAAUGCCUGUGCAGCCUACGUAGCCUCAUAGAAUACUGUACACACAGACACCUUCUCGAGAUGAAGUCAGAGCAGUGGUCGGUUGUAUUUUUGAAAGGGGUCAGCACUUUCCUAUAGCAAAGGGAGAUGAGAUGAUUGUCUGUGAGGAUUCUGAAUUUGGCAGAGCGGUUAGAUCUUGGUCUUGCUUUCGGAGUUGGCCGUUAUUGCACGUGGCUAUUCCAAUUGUUAGGGUGUGGGUAAGGAGAUGUGUUUUACUGUAGGUUAUGAAUUCUUCUCAAUGUGACUUGAGUUGAGGAUUUUCCCCUUUUUUAAUGCAACUUUUUAUGACGAUAAUUGAUCCUCCUGAAGACCUUGGCCGUUAGCUUACGUCAACCAUAAUCACAUGUCAUUAUGCUAAUGAUUACAACUCCAAUUGGUUGUUUUUGUUGAUUUGAAAUAUGAGUGACAAGUCACUGCUUUUGAGGUAAAAUAUGUUGUGUUGUACCCCCUUCCCCACCCCAACUAUCUCCUUCUUGAAGACAGAUAUUUCUGUGCUGGCUAUUCUUAUCUGAAAUGUACUGUGAUGCUCCUCCUGGACCAUAACUUUGUUUUUAAAGUUGUUAAACCGCUCACCUUUUCGCCUAUAAUUUGUUUUCAAAAAUAUAUCGUCCCCCCACUUGGAAUAAAAUUCUCCUUUGUAUUGUAUUUUUUUCUUCUCUCUUUUAGAUUGUUUUAAUGUACACAUUGAAACGCAGAGAAGGAUAGGGCUCCCGUUUCAGUGUCUCUUGAUAUGAAAUGUUUUAAGGUAGGCCGUUGAACUUGACGCUGUAUGUAAAAUUUUAACAUUUUAUUUUGUAUGGGUGAAAUAAAGUUCAGAUUUCAAUAAAA